UUCUUGACCCCGAUGAAGAGACAUUCAGUAAAGGGUAUUCGCAACGACCAGCUGGAGCAGAACCGCAUUCAACUAGAACACAACCUACAACACACGGAACCCUCCCUCCACCUCUCCUCCAACGACAACUCCGUUGAGUAUCCACGCCAUGCGCCAACCCCCUUCCGCAACGAUUUUAUUGACUUUGACCGACACGAAGAAAGUCCCUGGUCAUACGAGGAGGGCUUAACACACUCGCCUUAUGGUGGUGGCGAGACAAUUUCGACUGCUGCCCACCACGCCAGUGUGCUCACCCUCAAUGCCGGGCUCGCUGGUCGAGGAAACAGACGUGAUAUUAGCCUGAGCGGGGCCGAAUUCGACCCAGAGCGGCCAUUGAAGGACAUGAUGGCUGCUGUAGACCCCAAGCUCAGCAUGUUUGACAUGGACCCGUCUCGCUCGCGAUACAACCUUCCCCUGAAUAGCCCUGGCAGGCUUGAUCGAGCUCUCCAGUCCGGGCAUUCUCGCUCAGUGCGAAUACGUUCACCCCAUUCGUCUGCCACUUCAUCGAGUUCAGAUUCCGAGAGUCCCCGACCCCGUCUGGCUGAGGCCUUACAGCGUGUCUCUCCAAAGCGACCACGCAGUCCCCAACUACACCAACCCAACCAUCGCCAUGCACAAAUUCCACCCUCACCGCUAUCCAAACCGCUUGACGACGCUACUCCUCGUCCUCAACGGCGUGGCUCUACGGCAUCACAUUUUACCAAGGCGGCUAGAGGAGUUGCUAGAGAUCUCGCCGAAGAGCAACAAAAAGAGCGCAAUCCGUUUGCUGACAUCGUCAAUCGUGAUGCCACCUCAAGGUCUCUCAACAACACCAAGUCUCGUAUCUACCUUCCUGACGUCACUGGUCUCACCAACGCUGUGGAAUCCCCUGCUAAACCUGGAGGCUAUACUACCUACAACCCCGAUUUUGAUCGUCCGAGGGACAGCGAAGCUCGACUUUUAUCAACCUUGGCUGCUGUUCAAGAGAGGCUCCAUGACUUGGAAGAUGAAAAUGCAAUAUCUCGACGACGAGUGCGGGAACUUGAGCUCGAGUUGGAGGUCUGCAAGCGUGAAGUGGUCAAGGAGCGGACGCGGAUACUAGAACGCAGCGAACUGAGCGCUAGGCUCGAGGCGGUAGAGUCCUCCAAAGGGAAAGGAAAGGGUAAAGCUCGUGACGUUGACACGGAAAUCGAUGCUCAACUCGAGGAGCGGUACCGGCAGGCUGUAGAAGAAAAGAAAUCUCUCGAGGCUCUCAUCUCUUCCCUCAGAAGCCAUCUCACCCGCCUCACUUCUGAACUUUCGUCACACCAAGACCUUUUGAUGGAGCUGCGAAAGUUGCGCGAACGAGACAGUCGUUUGCUGAAGGAGAAGAGUGCUGAGGUUGACCGUUUAAGGCAAGAGGUUGAAAGACUCGCUGGAGAAGUGGAGGUGUUGCGUGGUGUUGUUGAAGACGGGCUUCGAGAACGUCGGGGGGCAAGAGAAGAGGCCCAGACAUCAGGGAUGCAGUCAGCCGGGGACACCGGAAUGUCUGCAGAUCUUGACGAAACUGUCUCGCGUCGCCAUGUUCCCGAUGAGCAAGAAGACGAAGAAGAUGGUCUCGAUGAAGGCAGCUCGAUUGAAGAAGAAGAAGAGUCAGAGGCUGAACCUUUUGAUCCAAUGUCAAUUAUGGGGUCUUCAAGAGAAAACGCCGCUGGCCGCACAGACCACGCCACUCUUGGCUCUUCACGCUUCAUUGGAAACGAUGAGCUUGUUCGUAUUAUUGCGGAUGUUGAAGAACGUCGCUCCGAACUUUCAAGCAACGCCAGUCGAGAAAGACCCGUCUCACCUUCACCUUCACCACCACGAGAACGAAACAGACGAGCAACAGUGGAGGAAGUAUCGGAUGAAGGAAGUGAACAUCUUCGCGCGCCAACUCCUGUUGCUCGUGCUGGCCCCUCCAAAAGUCGAAUCUCUCAUCCUGCACGUCCCCCUGUCCCUACACCGUCACGUGCCCGCAAUGGCAAUCCUGACGCGGAAGCGCCUUUCCCUCAAAUACGUGGCGCACGUCUCGAAAAACUGUUCUUCUCAGCGCCAGAGCAUAAUGCACGCACCUGCACAGUCUGCUGUCGCGGCCAACGAGCACCUAGCUCUUGGUUGACCUCUCGGCCACAAGAGCAUCUGCAUGAGAGCGAUUCUGAGGAAGACGAGGGUUUUGUCGAUGGCGACGAGGAUGUUGACGUGGAGCGGGCAAGGCAAGAGAAAAGAGACGGCAAACAGCGUCAGCCGGACGACAUCAACUUCGCUUACGCGGCACGAAAAGCUGGGGUCCCGCCACAAACGCUCGUCACACGCGUUAUACGCGACCUUGAAGACGAUUUUGUGCACUACAAAAGUGUCUAUGUCGAGCUCGCGGACCAGUACAAGGAAAUGGAUGCCGUUUCUGACGUCCCCAAGCGGAACUUACUCGCAAAACAUCUUCGCGAGGUUGUCGACAUUCUUGAACAAAAGGGCGACCAAAUCGCUGCGCUGUAUAGCUGCUUGAGCUUCAAAGACAAGCCCAUCAGACGGACGGCUGGUACACAAUAG